AACCUGCUUCUGUCACCCGCAUAUUUUAUCGUUAAUUCCACAAUCUGCGGUUCAGCUUAGCGCGCUUACCGAAAAUGCCGGUUGUGGACAAUCGCAAACGAUAGCAACAUGCUUGAACAAUACAAAAAUCAUAAAAUAAAGUGAUGUAGAUUUUCUAACGUCUUGAUCAGACUACAACUUACAUAACAUGGAUGUCACAGUACAUUCUCUAACAAAUAAUCCAACACAAGCAUGGAAAGAGAUCUCAAAAGGACAGAAACUUUUCAAGUUAAACGUUAAAAUACCGACAAAACCGGUAGACGCUGAUAAAGUGCGCUUUGUGUGCAUGAGCGAUACGCAUUCGCUCAUUCACAACAUCAAAUUUGAUGUGCCAGAUGGUGAUGUUUUCAUUCAUGCUGGAGAUUUUACAAAAUGUGGACAGCGGACUGAGGUGGAAGAGUUUAACAAGUGGAUUGGUGGUCUGCCACACAAACACAAGAUUGUCAUUGGUGGCAAUCAUGAGCUGAGCUUUGACAAAAAGUUUAUCACAGCUUUUAAGGAAAAAGACAAGGGUUCUGAUACUGAGGAUGACAUUCCCAACUAUGGGAAGAAGAGUGCCAACAUUGGUGAUGCUGUGAAUACUGCUGACAUUACCAAGUUUUUAAGUAAUUGUACAUAUUUACAAGAUGAAUCAAUUGAAAUAUUUGGGAUUAAAUUAUAUGGAACUCCAUGGCAACCUGCAUUUGGAAAUUGGGCUUUUAACUUGGAGAGAGGAGAAGAAUGUCUAGCAAAGUGGCGUUUGAUUCCAUCCAACGUCGACGUACUUAUCACUCACACACCGCCUUUAGGACACGGCGAUUUGGCUUGUUCCGGUGUUCGCGCCGGUUGUGUCGAACUGUUACAAACUGUACAAACCAGAGUUAAGCCGAAAUAUCACGUAUUCGGCCAUAUUCACGAAGGCUAUGGAGUGACAUCAGACGGCAAAAUCAUAUUCAUUAACGCCUCUACUUGCAAUAUCAAUUACGUUCCCGAUAACUUGCCGAUAGUAUUCGAUAUGCCAUUGCCAAAAGGCUGCACCAAAGUGUAGGAUGAUGCACUAUAGGUUAAUUAAUUUGAUAUACUCAAGUGGCUUAAAACAAUGUGUAUUGUACAAUCAAUAUUAACUCAAGAAUCGAUAUAAAUAAUGGAAAAAAUCAGUGUUUUAUAAAAAUCGCUAUCAUUCAGUUACAUCGUAUUAUUCGCCAAUUGUAAUAAUACAAUAUAUUGUAGUGUAUAAUAGUUUCAUACAGUUUGUCGUGUUUAUUUUGCCUUCGAAAAUAAACAACAGUGCCCGCA